UCUGCUUUCGCCACGCCGCGCCGCGAUAAUAAUCCACGCUUGACAACCAAAGCAAAGCAACAACAGUCCACGUUAUCAUCCGGGCAAAACGACCGCUCUGUCGCAUUGCGUAAAACAUAUUCAAUUAAAAUAUAUAAACUAUCCCCAAUCGCGAAUUGGAAUCUGGUUAAAAUGAGAAAAAUACGGUCUGGUGUAAAAUAAACAAUCAUUAGAUGAACACGCUACGUUUGUUUUGUUACGAAACUCAGAUCUGAGAGACUUAUAGAGACUGUUUUACUGUUGUUUUGGAUUCAUUGUGAGAUGUUGUGGGAAAGUGUCGACUAAUAGGUUGAAUUGAACGGUCUAUUAGGACUUAUUGCGAAUGUGUAUUGAAACGUUCAUCGCUAUUCACGGGCGCACUGCUAUGCGCCACGAUUUGGUGCAUUUCAUAAGGCACACCUCCUCUGAUCAUUACAGCGAAGGAAGAAUUUAGUCUUUAAACACGGGUCGCUAUUGAUGGCGUUAGUCAGCGUCCAGGGCGAAUGGUAUAUAUAUUUCUGGCUUCUAUACUGCAAAAUAUAUUCCGCCAUUAUUUGGUUGUUCGGCAAUCACUGUCGCGGUGCUGAUAAGGUUCGCUCAGUGAUAACCGGUGGAACCGGCGUCCAGUCCUCAGGAAGCAUUCAAAGAGCGCGCACACGUCGCAAGAAAGCGCAGCAGCAUCGCGUGAAAUAUAUUGUCGCUUUAACAAGAAGAUCAUCUGCUAGAAGAAUAAUUAUGGCACCAGGAGCUAGCGCUGCCCACGUUAUGAUGGAAGAUAAGGAGAAAACCCUUCAUGGAGCUGGCGUUUCUAUGCGCACACGCCGCGUCAGUCCAUUCGCGCCACUCCUAAUCGCACUAGUCGGCUUGCCCGCGCGGGGCAAGAGUCAGCUGGCCCAUCGUCUCUCCAGACACCUCAACUGGAAUGGAGAAAGUACUAAAGUGUUUGACAGUAGCGAGUAUCGCCGUCGUCAUAUGGCCCUGUAUGGUAGCCAUGACAUAUUCCGAGCUGAUAACCAGCAGGGCUCUGCCAUCCGUCGCCAGAGCGCCAGGGAGGCUGCCCAAGAUGCUGUCCACUGGCUGAAAGAUGGAAACAGUGUCGCUAUAUUCGAUGGCACAAAUAUAACUCGAGAGCAACGCCAAGACUUAAACGGCCUCAGUGAAAUGGGCUUCAGGAUCCUCUUCAUCGAAUGUGUCUGCGAAGACCAAGAUCUACUCGAGAGGAACAUCAUUGAGAUUCUUCAUUACUCUGCUGAUUAUAAGAACAUGAGUGAGGACGGAGCCGUGGAUGAUUUGAGGAAGAAACUUGAGCAUUAUAUGAGGCAGUAUGAGCCAAUAGACGUUGGAGUGGAGAAUAUCGCGGUUGUACGCGUGGAGAACAUGGGAGAGACCGUGACUGCACACAAAGUCUCUGGGCAGAAGGAGUCAGGCAUACUUGGCUACUUGUCCGGGAUGCGAGCUCUUCCACAGACUUUGUAUUUUACACGGCAUGGAGAGAGCGAGUAUAAUGUCCUGGGCCGCAUCGGAGGUGAUGCUGCACUCUCUGCAAGAGGCGAGAUGUACGCCAGAGCACUGGCAGAACACAUGAACGGACUGGCUACUCGAGAACCAUUCUCCAUUUGGACGUCCGAGCUACGUCGCACCAAACAGACUGCAGCUGAUAUCAGAGCACCGAAAUGUGCUCUUAGAGCGCUUAAUGAGCUGGAUGCUGGCAUCUGUGAGGGACUGACCUACGAGGAGAUGCAGGAGCGUUUCCCCCAGGAGUUCGCAUGGCGUGAUCAAGACAAGUUGCGGUACCGCUAUCCGUGGGGUGAAUCCUACAUCGAUAUCAUGACACGACUGCGCCCUGUCCUCUCGGCUUUGGAAGACGAUCACAACGUCAUCGUGGUAGGACACCAAGCCGUGCUACGCUGCAUGCUGGGUUACUUUCUCGAUGCUAAACUUGAUGAACUUCCAUACAUGACCGUGCCUCUACACACUAUUGUGAAGCUGACAUCCUACGGCUACACGUACAAAGUGGAGAUGAUCAAGAUGCCAGUUGACUGUGUGGAUACACACCGCAAACAGCCCAAGAACUGUUCCAUUACUAGGACUACUGCUGACGCACUAGUAACAGUGCCGUCCCAUUACGAUACUCUCCCAUCUAAUCUGUGGCAGAACCCGUCCGAGGCGCAAAUUUAGACCUCACAGCCUGGCCCUUCCAACAGGCCAAUACCACGACAGCAUUACCAGGGCACCCGCCCUUGGAACGCCUGAAUCUCAGGGCAUGUUCACGGUUGUGAAAAACCUUGGACAAGAGACGCUAUGCCGAGUCUCACGAGUCUCUAGCGACCCCUAGAAUGGAUCCGGCUUGGUUGUUUCAUCACUACUUAGAUGCACCGCAUUGGUUUUAGAAUUAAGUUGUAGUUAGACCAAGCGAGCGAUAUCUCGUUCUUCCGCUACUUCUCUUCUUUUUUUUUAGUAUAAGAUAUUGCUAAGGGCAUUUCUUAAAGUCUGACCUUUAAGUAAUUUAUGACCAUGUAAGUAAUGUCAAAAUUUAUAGUUCACAUACAAUGAAGUACAUUGCAUUAGUUUUGUAUUUGCAUUGCAUGCACUGAAAUUACGGUCAUGAAAAGUUUGUGAGCUAUUUAUUUUGUUAAAAAUAAAAUUUGUUAAAGACUAGUGCAAGAGAGGUAUAUAAAUUUAAGUCGUCUGGUAUGACGUUUAUAACCGUUUUGAUUGGUAAAUCACAUUGACGUUACAACACAUGGCGAGUUACUACUUAUCUCUUAUGAGGUGCGAAAGUGCAUUUUACUUUCAAUUAAUUCUCUCAGAUAUUUAUAAGGAUACAGACAAUAUAAAUGCAUGACUAGUUUAUAAUAUAGUUCUUCCUUUUUGAAAACCAUCAAUGGUCAGACUAAUUUAUUGCUUGACUGUAAUUUUAUAUUUUUAUUUUAAAAUAGUAAUGUGUUCUUUUGGUCUAACUCCAUCAUUCACUAGUAUCUAAUUUCGAAGUAUCGCAUGAUUUUUGAUCAUACGAAUAGCUCAAUUAAUGUUUCAGAAAUCAUUGCAAACGUGAUGAAACGCGUGUUAAAUCACCAAAACGCCGUCAAUCCAACAAUUAUUGAUAAGACUGAAAUGAAUCCUUACUGUUUCCAUGAUAAUUCAAUUGAAUCACCUACAUACAUAUAUCUAUUAUAUAUUUGUGUUCUUAUUUUUAAGUAUGUACCUAGUUUAGUUUAUUAUUCGAAAUGUAACUUUUAUACUACGUAUCAGUAAAUAAAUCUGAAUUGUUUAUGAUUACACGUUUUAAUAUUUGUUUCUGCGUGUACAUCUCGAAACUUUUUAAUUAUCUAAAGUAAUAAGUUAGUUGUAUAUGCAACAUGAACAUUAGUAUUAAGUUGGCACUAACUGAUCCUAAGUUAAGAUCUGUUAAGAUAACGUAUGUAAUUUACAAAAUAAAUAUUAUGUGCGCUUACUUUUAUCUUAUUUGCAUUACAUUAAAAAAAAUAUAAUCAUAAGCCGGGAUUUGUUUCGCAAUGUGUAAAUUACAGUGUUUAAUUAUUAAAAUUAUAGUGUUUAAUUAUUAUUAUUACUUCUUAAUGCUAUCUAUAGUUCUAUUACUGUAAUUGAAAAAGAUUUUUUUGAUGGAAUGUUAUCUCAAUUAUUUUAUCUAGGUAUAUGUACUUAGAAUAGGUUGUUUCUAAAUAGUACCAAUAGGUACGUAUUGUAGUUCUGAAAUGGGCAAAAUGGUGGAUUAUAAUUGUAAUUGUUGAGGAUGGAAAUAUCUGAUCGCAUCGAUAGCUAAAAUAGCAGUUUUUUAUGAUCUAUCUGUUACGAUUGUUGAAAGGAAUGACAAUCUCUUUUUAUAGAAUAAAUAUAAAUUAGUGAUUAGUAA